AUGGCGCCCCUUUUGACCCGUAUACAAGAUUGUGGAUGGACUUCUACUGAUGUCCCCAAAACCAAGGACAAGAAUACAUCAGUUACAUUACGGGAUUCAGUGGAUCUCUCACUCUCUUAUAGUCCAGAUAAGCUUCUCAGUGUCUUUGCCUCAGAAUAUCAGUGUUCUGUCGGCUUUCCACCUAGCAUCAUAACGCUCCUCAAUGCCAGUUGGCUGGUCACUGUGCGCUGCUUCUCUCCGGCCCAGGAAAUCUACUUGGGUCAGCAUUCAGAGCCCGGCGUGUACUUUAUCACUAGAUGGGCACAAAGGGCAGGCCGCCAUGUCGCCAUUGAACUGAAUUGUGAGGCCCCGGUCAAAAAUCUCGUCCGAGAUGUCUCUCUCCUUCAGUCUGAGACGACGCCACAGAUGUCAGUGGGCGACGAUUCUUCCGACGAGGCUUCGGAGAAAUUUCUGACGACCACGAUUUGCUACACAGAAGAACUCUCUGCUAUGACAGAGGGAUCAAGCGAGCGAAAUUUGAACACAGGGCACAUCAAUUCCAAGCUUUUCCUGGACAUCUCGCAAGCAAAUGGCGAAGUUCGAGCGAAGCUCACCUUCUCUAUCUCCGACAUCUCUAGAGAUCUUGCACUUAACCUGUGCUCAAAACGUGACCGUCAGUUGUUGCAAAGAUAUACCGAGAGUGUAUCCGAAUCCAGUGAAGUGCUGCUGCACGACUUAGCCUUACGGCAUGCACGGCUAACCCCUGAUGCACCGGCUGUCCAUUCAUGGGAUGGUGACCUGACCUACGCGCAGCUGGAUGAUGCAACCUCUCGACUUGGACAGUUUCUGGCCAGUAUCGGUGUAGGCCCGGGUACCUUUGUAAUCAGCUGUUUUGAAAAGUCAACAUGGGCAAUUGUCGCCCGCCUGGCUAUUAUGAAAGCCGGCGCCGCAUAUAUCUCUGUUGACGCGACAGACCCGCCCAUUUUCCUUAAGAAUGUGAUUCGCCGUGUGGAUGCAAAAUUAAUCCUCACCUCUGAGGCUUAUCAGUCCAGAUACGCCCAUUUUGUCCCGUCGGUCAUUGCAGUUACACCAGAAAUGGUACGUGCUCUUCCUGUCAGCUCUGGUGUCAUCUGCCCCGUGGUAAAACCUAGUGAUCCUUGUCUCAUCCUGUUCACUUCUGGGAGUACUGGAGAGCCAAAAGGCAUUAUUCAAGAGCAUCGAGCGUACGCUACGGCAGUCCGGGAUUACAACAAAUUGAUUGGAAUUGGUCGGCACAGCCGCGUGCUGCAAUUUGAUGAUUACGCGUUUGAUAUCAGCAAUAAUGACUAUUUGACCACCCUCACCGCUGGUGGAUGCUGCUGCGUCCACACCCCGAGCAAGUCUAUAUCUACUCUCGUGGAGAACAUCAACACCCUUCAGGUCAACAUGACCUUUCUGACCCCGACUAUCGCUGCUCAAAUUUCCCCUCAGGAUGUGCCAACGUUGGAGUUGGUCUGCCUUGGUGGUGAGCCCAUGUCAAACGAGCUCCUGAUGAGAUGGUCCCCUCAUGUGAGACUGGUCAACCAGUAUGGCAUGGGUGAGGCUGCCACCUUCUGCGCGUACAACGAUCACGUCCAACCGGGCCAGAACGCCAUUGUCGGACGCAGCGGGAGCGGAGCCAUUUGGAUAACCAGUCCGGAAUCUCCAGAGCUCCUUAUGCCCGUCGGCGCUGUCGGCGAGAUUCUGAUUGAAGGGCCCCACCUGGCCAGAGGAUACCUGGACGGCGUCUGCCAGAAGCCCGAUGUUGGAUUCCUACCGAAGGCACCAACCUGGCUCAAAGAUCUCCACCCGUCUCGUGCAGCCUCGUCUAGGUUCUAUCGCUCUGGUGACCUGGGGAGAUAUACACAUGCCGGCACUGUGGAACAUUUGGGCCGCAAGGACACUCUCCUCAAAAUUAAUGGAUAUCGAGUCGAAGCAACCGAGGUGGAGUACGUCCUCCGUAGGUUGUUAGGCCCUGGGGAUGCGGUCAUCGUGGACCUGCUCGGCGAGAUCGAUGGCCCUCGAGCGCCGUUUCUAGUCGCUUUCCUCUGGUUGACUAACAAUGAGGACCAUUUCAUCCCCGCUGCUUCCGAUAACUCGGUCGAGUUUCUCCCUGUCACCAGUCACCAUUCGGCUCAUCAAUUGGUGCGAAGAAUGAAAGCUGAGGUCACGGCGACGCUGCCUGUCCACAAGAUACCGGAAUACUUUAUUCUCGUCAGCAAGAUCCCCAGGACCAGGUCUAAUAAAACUGACCGCCGCAAAUUGCACCAUCUCGCGCAGAAGUCCUACUCGUCGGGGGUUCUAAGUAAGCUUUAG